AUGGAUAGCAGCCCGGAAGAGCGGCCGACUCGUUCAACGACCAAUUCAAUGCACAUCGAUGAUCACAUCCAUUGCAUAUAUUGUUUCCGGACUCGUUGUACAUAUAGCCAGUGUGAACUACGUCCAUGUCCAGAAUGUCGAGCCGUAUUGCAUACCUGCAAGCUUGAAGACCAUCUAACGAUUUGUCCAAAGGCUUUUGUACCAUGUUUAUGCCAGGCAUACGGUUGCCCACUGUGGUUACGGCGUUACAAAAUAAAACAGCAUUUGGAACACUGUUGCGCAUCCGCAGAAGAAAUCAUCGAUUCCUAUCGGAUAAGUCGUGAAGACCGAAAAUUGCUUACUGAUUUCCAGAAUCCUUGCCAUCCAAUGAUGCCGCUGCGAUUAUCCUUUGAAAGACAGCCUUUUUUUGAGGAUGAGGAUAGUAGCGAUGAAGAAAACAGACAAAAGGAAAUUCAGCUGAAACAGAAACGUUCUCCAUUUGAGCAUUGCUAUUUGUGCAAAGCUGAUCCAGCAAGUCAGCAUCUUCACGUGCUGGGCAAUGCUAGCUUUGAAAAAGACGUUGUUGCUGAUGAAGAAAAACAAGCUCCUGUUAAAGUGUCACCGUUGCCACCCUUCUACGAGAGCAGAAAUUUAUAUGUGAACAUUGUUCGUGAUCGUCUUUCGGCAUUUUUUCGUAAAGGUGAAAAUAUGCCAUGCGUACGUAGUGGGAUUUCCGUGUACACAUACUGCUGUAACGAAAGCUUUCGUCGCGAUGAAUAUUGCGCGCAUUAUGAAUUAUCGCAUAUGAACAUCGAUGAUUGUAUCGGACGUUGUCCACUUUAUCUCGAUGGAUGUCCCUUCUUUUUCUGUAGAUCUGAGCCGCUAUGGGGACAGCUAAGGUAUAUUGUUUUGUUGUGUUUUCAAUUUGACUUACAGUGGGCAUCAACAGCUGCUGCCCACUGUCAGUGGAUACUAGUGGCUACUUCUCUCGAGAGUUAA